GUCUAUUCAGGUCUUUUCAGGUCCACUUUCAGGUCUUUAGUGUAACCCACGAAAGAAGAAGAAGAAAAUGGCGGGUCAUUAGAGUGCUCAAACGUUAAUUGUUGAUCUCAACAAUAGUUUGCAAUUUGUGUUUGAAAGAAUUAUCCGUAGGAAGUAUGCAAACUACAAAGAAAAACAACAACACGUGGUUUAUGGGCUCAGCUGAUUCGAAAAUGAAAGGACGGUUACUGCUCGAGGAUGGAUUUGAAGUCGAAGGAAUCCAUUUUGGAGCGAAUAAUAGUAUCCCAGGAGAAGUUGUAUUUCAGACUGGAAUGGUUGGUUACCCAGAAUCCCUCACUGAUCCAUCCUACAGUCGACAAAUUUUGAUCUUGACCUAUCCACUGAUUGGGAAUUAUGGGAUUCCAGCUGAUGAUUGUGAUGAAUAUGGACUGAAGAAAUGGUUUGAGUCGGCAAAGAUCCAUGUGGCUGCCUUAAUUGUAGGAGAUUUUUCUGAGCAGUAUAGUCAUUGGAGUGCUAUAAAAUCUCUUUCUGAUUGGUUGAAAGAGUACAAUAUCCCAGCAUUGUAUGGAAUAGAUACUAGAAUGUUGACAAAGAGAAUAAGAGAAAAAGGAACAAUACUUGGAAAGGUCAUAAUGGAAGGAAUAGAUCCAGAGUCUAUUUUAUAUGAAGAUCCAAACAUAAUGAAUUUAGUACAACAGGUGUCUACAAAAAAACCAAUGGACUAUAACCCUAAAGGUGAUGUAAAAAUAGUAGCAGUUGAUUGUGGUAUAAAAUACAACCAGAUUCGAUGUCUUUGUGAGCAUGGAGCACAUGUCACAGUAGUUCCAUGGGAUUAUCCACUCAAAAGCUCAGAUUAUGAUGGUUUAUUCCUCAGUAAUGGACCAGGUGAUCCACAAAUGUGUAAACAGACUAUACAGAAUAUCAGUCAGCUGAUCAAAGAAGCAGACUACAAGCCCAUAUUUGGAAUAUGUCUCGGACAUCAGCUUUUGUCUUUGGCUAUUGGUGCUUCAACAUAUAAAAUGAAAUAUGGAAAUAGAGGACAUAAUCAGCCAUGUAUCUAUGACAACACAAUCCGAUGCUUUAUUACAACACAGAAUCAUGGUUUUGCUGUUGAUGUUUCAAAUUUACCAAAGGAAUGGCAGCCAUUGUUCACCAAUGCCAAUGAUAAAACUAAUGAAGGUGUUGUUCAUAGCUCCAAACCUUUUUAUAGUGUCCAGUUUCAUCCAGAACAUAUGGGUGGACCAAGAGAUUUAGAAUCCUUGUUUGAUGUGUUUUUAGACCAAGUCAGAGCUCACAAGAAGGGGAACAAAAGUUUGACAGUAAAAGAUCGACUUAACAUGGCCCUACAGACCCCAGUACAUGUACCUCCUGUACCUAGUACUAGACCAAAGAAAGUUCUAAUCUUAGGCUCUGGUGGACUAUCUAUAGGCCAAGCUGGAGAAUUUGAUUACUCAGGUUCACAGGCAAUAAAAGCUAUGAAAGAAGAAAGCAUACAGACUGUGUUGAUAAAUCCAAACAUAGCCACAGUACAGACAUCAAAAGGACUGGCAGACAAAAUAUACUUCUUACCUAUCACACCAGAAUAUGUCAUACAGGUUAUAAAAAGUGAACGUCCUGAUGGUGUUCUGUUGACCUUUGGGGGUCAAACAGCAUUGAAUUGUGGGAUAGAAUUGACAAAACAAGGCAUAUUGGAGAAGUACAACGUAAAGGUUUUGGGCACACAGGUUGCAUCAAUUGAAUGGACAGAAGAUAGAAAAAUAUUUGCUGAAAAGAUGGAAGAAAUAAAUGAACAUGUAGCUCCAAGUGAAGCUGCAUAUACAGUUGAUCAGGCAGUUCAAGCAGCAGAAAACCUAGGAUAUCCUCUGUUGAUUAGAGCAGCAUUUGCCUUGGGUGGUCUGGGUUCCGGUUUUGCUGACAACAAGGAACAGUUGGUGUCUCUAGUGACCUCAGCCUUUGCUCACACCAGUCAAGUUUUGAUAGACAAAUCCUUAAAAGGAUGGAAGGAAGUAGAGUAUGAAGUCAUCAGAGAUGCCUUUGACAAUUGUAUCACGGUAUGUAACAUGGAGAAUGUUGAUCCAUUAGGAAUUCAUACUGGGGAAUCAAUAGUCGUAGCACCCAGUCAGACACUUACCAACACAGAAUAUAACAUGUUGAGGACUACUGCCAUUAAAGUCAUCCGUCAUCUCGGCAUCGUCGGAGAGUGUAAUAUUCAGUAUGCUCUCAAUCCUGAAUCUCAUGAGUACUACAUAAUAGAGGUGAAUGCCCGAUUGUCUCGAAGCUCAGCUUUGGCCAGCAAGGCAACAGGAUAUCCUUUGGCUUAUAUAGCAGCUAAACUAUCUCUUGGUAUACCACUUCCAGAACUUAGGAACUCUGUAACUAACUCUGAGAAGACACCAACCACAGCUUGUUUUGAACCUAGUUUAGAUUACUGUGUUGUCAAAAUUCCUCGUUGGGAUCUGAAGAAGUUCUCAAGGGUUUCUACCAAGAUUGGUAGUUCUAUGAAGAGUGUAGGAGAAGUAAUGGCCAUUGGUAGGAAGUUUGAGGAAGCAUUUCAGAAGGCUUUACGUAUGAUGGACGAGAAGGUCGUAGGAUUUGACCCCUACAAGAAAAAAGUAUCAGAGGCUGAUUUACAGAACCCAACAGACAAAAGGAUAUUUGUUCUGGCAGCAGCUAUAAGAGCUGGGAAAAGUAUAGAAGAUCUGUACAGACUGACAAAAAUAGAUAAAUGGUUUCUGUACAAGUUUAAAAAUAUUGUUGAUCACAACACUAAACUAGAAGAGUUUGCUGGACGAGGACAGGAAAUUUCACAUGAUCUGAUGUUGAGAGUUAAACAGCUUGGUUUCUCAGAUGAACAAAUAGCUAGAGCUAUCAAAAGUUCUGACCUUGUGGUUCGUAAGAUGAGACAGGAAAUGACUAUCACACCUUAUGUCAAACAAAUCGACACUGUAGCAGCAGAAUGGCCGGCCCAAACAAACUACCUAUAUCUGACAUACAAUGCUGCAGAGCAUGAUUUGUCCUUCCAAGGAGGAUAUAUCAUGGUGAUAGGGUCUGGUGUGUACAGAAUCGGGAGUAGUGUGGAGUUUGAUUGGUGUGCUGUUAAUUGUAUAACUACACUUAGAGAGAUGGGACAUCAGACCAUUAUGGUAAACUACAAUCCUGAGACCGUUAGUACUGACUAUGAUAUGUGUGACAGAUUGUAUUUUGAUGAAAUCUCAUUUGAGACAGUAAUGGACAUCUAUAACCUUGAAGAUCCAGAUGGUAUAAUUUUGUCCGUCGGAGGACAACUACCAAAUAAUAUUGCCAUGCAGUUACAUAGACAACAGGCCAGAAUACUAGGGACUUCCCCAGAGUGUAUAGACAAUGCAGAAAACAGAUUUAAAUUUUCCCGUAUGUUGGACAACAUGGGUAUACAGCAGCCCCAGUGGAAGGAACUUACUGACUUAGAGUCUGCCAUCCAGUUCUGUGAGAAUGUUGGUUACCCGUGUCUUGUGAGACCAUCGUAUGUACUGAGUGGGGCAGCCAUGAAUGUAGCUCACUCUAGCAGUGAACUGAAGGCCUAUCUGUCUCAGGCCUCAGCUUUGUCUAAAGACCAUCCUGUAGUAAUCUCAAAGUUUAUACUCCAGGCAAAGGAAAUAGAUGUGGAUGCUAUAGCUUCUGAUGGGGAAGUUAUUUGUAUGGCUGUCUGUGAACACGUCGAAAAUGCUGGAGUCCAUUCAGGGGAUGCAACUCUUGUAACUCCUCCACAAGAUUUGAAUGAAGAGACAUUAGCAAAGAUUAAAGUGAUUUGUUGUUCCAUAGGAAGAGCUCUAGAAGUUAAUGGACCUUUUAAUAUGCAACUCAUUGCUAAGGACAAUCAGUUGAAGGUCAUAGAAUGCAAUGUCAGAGUGUCAAGGUCAUUCCCAUUUAUUUCAAAAGCAUUGGAUUUUGAUUUUAUUGAAACAGCAACCCGUGUAAUUAUGGGUGAACCAGUCGAACCUGUAAAUGUAUUGUAUGGUUGUGGUAGAGUGGCUGUCAAGGCACCAGUGUUCUCAUUUUCUCGUCUCCAUGGUGCUGAUGUGUUGCUAGGAGUAGAAAUGGCUAGUACUGGAGAAGUAGCCUGCUUUGGAGAAAAUCGUUAUGAAGCUUACUUGAAGGCUUUGAUGAGCACAGGAUUCAAAAUUCCAAAGAAGAAUAUACUUCUGUCUAUUGGCAGCUUCAAGGACAAGACAGAAUUAUUACCAGCAAUUAAAGCAUUGGAACAGAUGGGUUAUAACCUAUAUGCUAGUAUGGGAACAGCUGAUUUCCUCUCAGAACAUGGAGUAAAAAUACAAGGUGUAGAUUGGCCUUAUGAAGAUACUGGUGAAUGUAAAAAUGGUGGCGAACAGAGGACCAUCGCAGACUAUCUAGCUGACAACAUGUUUGACUUGGUUAUUAAUUUGCCACUACGAGGGUCUGGAUCACAGAGGGCUUCGUCAUUUGUAACCCAGGGGUAUAAGACAAGAAGGAUGGCUGUGGAUUACUCAGUACCAUUGAUAACUGAUGUCAAGUGUACUAAACUUAUCAUUGAGGCAUUACGUAGAUUAAAAGGUGCCCCUCCACUCAAGACCCACAUAGAUUGUAUAGCAUCUCACAGAGUAUUGAGACUACCAGGUCUUAUUGAUGUCCAUGUUCAUGUUAGAGAACCAGGAGCUACUGAUAAAGAAGAUUUUGCUUCAGCUACUGCAGCAGCUCUAGCAGGGGGAAUAACUCUUAUCUUAGCUAUGCCAAAUACAAAUCCUCCAACAGUUGAUGAUCAAGCAUUUGGUAUAACUCAAAAGUGUGCCAAACAAGGUGCCCGUUGUGAUUAUGGUAUAUUUGUUUUUUUAACACUUCAGUGUGCCAAACAAGGUGCCCGUUGUGAUUAUGGUAUAUUUGUUGGAGCCAGUAGUACGAAUUACAACACAUUACCACAGAUUGGUGGGAAAGCUGUGGCACUGAAGAUGUAUCUGAAUGAAACUUUUACAACAUUGAAACUAGAUGAUAUAUCUAUAUGGAUGAAGCAUUUUGAACAUUGGCCAAAGAAUCUACCACUAUGUUGUCAUGCUGAAGGAACUCAUACAGCUGCUGUUAUACUACUAUCAGAACUUUUUAAACGUCCAGUUCACAUCUGCCAUGUUGCCAGAAAAGAGGAAAUCCUUGUUAUAAGAGCAGCUAAAGAAAAAGGUUUGGCUGUCACAUGUGAAGUAGCUCCUCAUCACCUAUUCUUGACAGCUGAUGACCUUGAUAACAUUGGUCACCAAAGAGGUCAGGUGAAACCUCCACUAUGUACCAAAGAAGACCAGCAAGCAUUAUGGGACAACCUUGAAAUAAUUGAUUGCUUCGCUACAGAUCAUGCCCCACAUACAGUAGAAGAGAAGGAUGGAGCCAAGCCACCUCCUGGAUAUCCAGGUUUAGAGACCAUGUUACCUAUGUUGUUAACAGCUGUUAACCAAGGGAGACUAACUUUAGAUGACAUAGUUAGCAGACUACACACUAAUCCCAGAAGAAUAUUCAAUCUACCAGAACAGCCUGACACAUACAUAGAAGUUGAUAUGGAAAGUAAAUGGAUCAUUCCAGAAAGUAUGAAAUUCACAAAAUCAAAAUGGACACCCUUUGCUGGCAAACAUGUGGUUGGAAAAGUCCGACGUGUCAUGCUUAGGGGAGAAGUGGCAUACAUAGAUGGUGAGGUUGUUUUGAAUCCAGGAUUUGGUUGUGAUAUCAAAAGCUACAAACAUUUCCCAAGCCAGGUACAGAGUGAUCAGUUACAAGUACAGAUACCACCCGGAACUUAUGGAGGAUCUGCCCCAUCAUCAGAGCCAUCCAGUCCUAGAAAGAUCUUACAAGGAGCUUCGUAUGAUAGAUUGACUAAUAAACCAGUCAAAGUAGAAAGUUACACUUCCUAUGUCUUUCCUAGUGGAGAUGAACACACAAAAGCUAGUGGAUAUGAUAGUAGCAGGGAAAGAGAGAUUGGUAUGAUAACACCGCCACAGGCACAGCUAUCUACCAUUUUACAACCUGUAGGGCUGCCACACUAUACUCAUGGUGUUACUGGUCAUCAUGUCUUGACAGUAAAAGCAUUCCAAAAGGAACAGCUUCAUCACUUAUUUAACUUGGCACAUCAGUUUAGAUUGGCAGUGAUCAGAGACAAAUCAUUAGAUUUUAUACUCAAGGGUAAGGUAAUGGCCUCCAUGUUUUAUGAAGUUAGUACAAGAACAAGUUGUUCCUUCUCUGCAGCUAUGCAGCGACUUGGUGGAACAGUUGUCUACCUUGAUGAUGCACAUUCUUCUGCACAAAAGGGGGAGACACUGGAGGAUUCUGUGAUGACAAUGAGCGGUUACUCAGAUGUAAUAGUUAUAAGACAUCCAAAGCCUGGAGCAAUAGCUUCUGCAGCCCAGCUUUCAAGGAAGCCUGUUAUAAAUGCAGGUGAUGGAGUAGGAGAACAUCCGACACAAGCCUUACUGGACGUCUUCACAAUCAGAGAAGAAAUUGGUACAUGUAAUGGAUUAACCGUAACAAUGGUUGGAGACCUUAAGAAUGGUAGAACUGUACAUUCCUUGGCCAAGCUACUGACACAAUACAGAGUCAAGUUCAGAUAUGUGUCACCAGAUAUGCUUAAGAUGCCAGAUAGUGUCAAAGAUAUUGUUGCAGAAAAGGGAAUCCCACAGGAAGAGUUUAGUUGUUUAGAAGAUGCCUUACCAGAGACAGAUGUACUGUACAUGACAAGGAUACAGAAAGAACGAUUUUCAUCUGUAGAAGAAUUUGAAAAGGUAUUUGGACAAUUUAUUGUCACACCAGAAUUGAUGACAAAAGCUAAGAAGAAAAUGGUUGUUAUGCAUCCACUACCAAGAAAUAAUGAAAUUAGCACUGCUUUUGAUACUGAUCCAAGGGCUGCUUACUUCAGACAGACAGAGAAUGGAAUGUUUGUUAGGAUGGCAUUAUUAGCAUUAGUUCUUGGCAAAUGUUGAUAAAUGACCCACUUUGAAGCUAAUGGUUACAUACAUGUACAUUAUAUUGUGUCAGGCUCUGAUUAUCAGAAAUAUAACUUAAUCCUUUAUAGUAAACAAGCUGUAAAAAGAUUUAUGUGAAUGAGCUUUUUGCCUGAGGGUUCUCACAUAUAGAAAGGUUGUUUGUGUAAAAUUUUUUCAUAGAUGACAUAUAAUGUAAAUUAGGUGGUCUGUAAUAUUUAAACUACUUUAAAACUAAUAUAUACUGAGUGCCAAUAAAAAUGCAACUUAUCAUAUUCCAAGCCUCCUUCUGUCCCUUUUUGAAUGGCAAUACACAAAUAGUCAUUUGAAAGCAUUCUUUGAACAUUUGGCUAAAUUUUACUAAAAAAAAAUUUCUAACAAUGAUUUUUUUUUAACUCCAAAACUUGCAAUAACUUGCAAAUAAAUCAAAAGCAAAACUAACACGAUUUAAUCCAAAUGUAAUCAAAUUGAACUGAAUGUAGAAAGAAAAAAUGUUGAUGAACUGUGUCACUUUUUGAUCAUUAUGGUUGCAAUUUGAAACUCAAAAGUCUUUAAGCUUUGAAUAUGCAUGUCCUUAGAAGUCUGCAGAAACCUUACAGAAAUAGGUUAAACUUCAUAAGAUUUGUUUUCAUAUUUUGAUUUUUACAACAUAAAAUUACAUGAAGUGUUGUGUUUCUAUUGGCACUCAGUAUAUAUAAACAUAAACCUUGUGUGUGGUCUGUUAAAAAGGAGGUCAUUAUAUUAAAGCAUAUAUAAUGCUUGUUGAAAAAUAAGACAUUAUAUUUUAAAAAGGUUAAUGAUUUAUAGAAUACUAUUUAUGACAACAAGAUACUUAAAAGCUAUGAUGUGGAACUAUCUAACAUUAUUUGUUUACAUUAUUUGUCCCUUAACCUCAAGGUUAACCUCAAGGUUAACCUCAAGUUACAGGGCAAUGACACAAUUUACUGCUAGCACAGAUACUAACAAGUUCAUUCAUAUCAAUCAUCAAAUGUUUACUAAAAUGUGACAUCUUUAUGGAUGAUUCUCAGAUUGAAAAAUAUCAGUUUCAAAUUAAACAAGUAAAAGCUAGUAAAACUUAUGAAUAAUUUGUUAUACUGUAAAUUAGUAAUACUUGCAAUUUAUGAAGAAUAGACAAUAAUGCAAUAUUAAUUUUUGCAAUCUCAGGAAAAUCUGCAUACAGAUUUCUGUAUCAGAUAUCAGAAUUCGAGUUCUUAUUAUUGUGAUAAUCACCAAGCUGCAUUAUUUGUAUUAUCAAAAACCUAAAAUAAUUUCUUUAUUUACAGUAUACAGAUUUAUAUCUAUUUUUGAAAGUGCUACAGUAGUUAUUUGAUAAAUCCAUAAUUUCAAACAGGUAUUCAGGGUUUCAUCUGUAGAUCCAUAAUUAUGAAAAGUGUUCAGAAUUAUUAUUUUUUCUUUUUUUACAUUGCACAUAUAUUUUUGGUCUGCUACCCUAACUUCAUAUUCAAAGAUGACUACAAAACUUAUCUGUAAUACUUCAUUUGAAUGUUGGGUGCUGCCCUGUUUAAGUCCAUUUUAAAUUUCAAAUUUGCAUUCUAGUCAAUUAUAAGACUUGUACUGCCAUUUACAUUGGGCAUUUAUUGAAUAUCUAAAAUUGGUUUGUUGUGGUUAUUUAUUCUUUUUCUGUUAACCUAGAAAGCAUUUAGUCAUUAGUCUGUCAUUUAUUUAGUUUGGUAAGAAAUUUUCCAUUAAAAUGAAUGUGAGAUAUUUAAGGAAGGUACUAUCAAAAUACCCCACAACUAACAUACUCUCAUUAAGUAAUUUUGCGUACAUCCUACCCUUCCAGAGUAAUUUGAAUAGACUAGUCCUAAAAUUCAAAUGGUAGUAAAGGUAUAUAUCAUUUCUAGUUCCAGACUUGCAUUUAAUAGAUCAGAGAAGUUGAUAUACAUGCAUUUUGAAUUUUAUUUUUCAUAAAAAGAAUUAAACAGACUUAUUUUCCCAAAUACAAUUAUUUUAUGUCAAGUUCCAUGUUAGGGUAACUUGCAUUCAGAAACUUCUGUAGAUAUAAAAUAAUGAUUUACUGUUUUGAGUUUCUGCCCACAUUGUAUAUGCCUUUGUUGAUAUUGUUUACAACUUUUUUUGUAUUACCUUUAUAUUUUUUGUAGUGUUUAUUUUUGGUGCAUAAUUAUAUUUUAUUUUUUUUGAAAACAUGUUUAAUUGUUUUCUGAUUACAGUUGUCAAGAGUGUGUUCAUUACAGGUAGAGUGGGUGACGCAUAUUCGCCGCAAAAUUCGUUCAUUUCCACCUACAUCCGACCUACAUUCGAAUAUUUGAAACUUAUUAUGUAGGUUUCAGAAAGUUUACUAUAUGAAAAAAAUGUUUGAUAAAAGAAUUCUCUUCAAAACAUUGGUUAAAUGUUUUAAAAAUGAACGCAAACUCAAGAGGAAAUCAAGUUGUUCUUGUACAAUGGGGGACACAUUUUUGCCGCAAUGUAUGAUAUGACCAUCCUCAUUAUCGAUGUAUAUUAUAAAAACAAUUGUUUGCAAUUACAUGAAUUAGCUUGAGAGAUCAUUCCUAUACGAUUUUUCUAACAGAUAUUUACUUUAUGACUGCGCAUGCGUGCCAUAUAAAUCUUACAUAAUUGCCAAAGUCGUUCAAAAACACCUGCGUAUUUCUUUAUAUGUGCGAAUAACAUUGGAAAUGGGGUAAAGAGGAAUAUCAACAGUUCGAACAUUACAAACAGCGUUUAGCAUCUUUUUAGGCAAGUAUUGGGUAAAGGCACACGAAAUUUACAGAAAAAUAGCAAAAACGGCGAAAAUGUGUCCACGGCGAAUAUGCGCCACCCACUCUACACAUUUAAAUGUAUUCAUUAGUGCUAAAUGUUCAGUCAUGAAGUCUAUUUAAAAUUUAUAUAUAUAUAAUAAGCUAGUUUAUGAUUUCAGAAGUUGGUAAAGCAGUUGUAACAUGAAAAAAAUCCCUUAUUAAGAAAUAAAAUUCUUCCAGAUGACAAUUUUGUUAUGAAUUAGAUGGAUCAAAUUAAAUUUGAGGUAUGGUAUAUAUUUCCUUAUAUGAGUUCAAUAUAAUCUUUUAUCCAGAUAAUUUAUCACUAUGCUUGUGGUGCUGUUAUCUAAUGAUUUAAAUUUCUUCUGCCUUUCCAUAAUAUUUGGAAUUAACGUAAGAAAAACUGAAAACAGAUAUUGUAUAGAAAAGAAAAAGUGUAGAAAUUUUUUUAGUGUAUAAUUAUGUUGCAUUUAUGUUAUCUUAUACUUCUUUUUAAUUUUGAACAAAUAUUUAGAGUUUUAACUCAACAUAAUAAAUGGACAGUGGUCAGAUCAAAAUAUAAAAUUCAGGUGAUCCUUGUACAAACCACAUAGCAGGACCUGUGGAUGGAGGAAUCAAAACUGUACAAUUUCUGAUAGGCAGUAAGUUGUCAAAAGGAAGUUGUUGGCACUUCUAAUAACUUCAUCAUUAUAAUUGUUCAAUACAUCUCCUGUAUUUGGAAGGGUUUAUUGCUCCCCUUGCAACGCGUUGCAGGGGACAUUAGAAAUAACGUCUGGUCUUGUUAGUGCUCUCACAUGUACAUUUCUUGCCAGAUUUUUAUAAAACUAAUAUCAUAGGUUUAUAUCAGCAAUGUCUUGGACGAGUUUUAAAAUCAGUGCUGAUGAACUAUUUUAAAAGAGUUAUGCUAAUGGAAACAUUAAUUAUAUGGAAAAUUGCAUCGUUAGCGCUCUCAUGUGUACAAUUCUUUCCAGAUUUUUAUGAAAUUUAUAUUGUAGGUUUAUAUUAGCAAUGUCUCGGACAAGUUCAAAAAUCAGUGCUGAUCAAUAAUUUUUAAAAGAGUUAUGGCCCUUAGAAAUAUUAAUAAUAUGGAAAAUUACAUUCUUACCGCUGUCAUGUGUACAAUUCUUGCCAGAUUUUUUUUAUCAAAUUCAUAUCAAAGGUUAAUAUCAGCAAUGUCAUGGAAAAUUUUCGAAAAUAAUUGCAGAUCAAAAAUUUUAAAGAGUUAUGCCCCUUGGAAAUAUUGAAUAUAUCGGAAAUUGCUCUCAAGUCUUCAAAACUCUCAAGAAAAUUUUAAAAGUUUUAAAAAUAAAUAUUUUUUUGUAGUUAUUGACCUUCCACAGAUAAGAUAUGUGCAACGCUGGGGACAUUGGAACUCUGUUCUUUUUUAUUUCAUAUAGAAUUUUUUUCUAUUAUAGUAAUAAAAUAAUAGAUACAUGAAUGUGUUAUGUAUAUCUAAUUAUUGUUUACAGCUUUUGUUAAAACAAGCAAAAUAUAUUUCUUUAUGACAUCAUUGUCAGUUUGUUCAUUUAUAAUUGUGCAUAAUAUAUAGGUAUAUUUACAACUAACACAGGUUAAUUGGUGCAUACUACAUGAUCUCUCUAUAUAUAUGUUAAUAAAUAUAUUAUUGGUUA